AUGGAAGAGGAGAAAAAGCAGGAGACAAGAUCGAAAAGGUGUUCUUCACGCAUAGAAGACAAUUGCAACCACGAGUGCUAUGUCACCUACAUUACUGGCUUAUACAGCUUUUUGCUGUUUGUGUGGAUAGAAACCUCAAAUGAAUAUCAUGGCUUUGACUGGGUUGUUUAUCUACUUACAGGAUACUGGUACUUCUGGUCCAUUCUUUUGCUGAGUUUAUUUGGAAUCUUGGUUGUCUACACUUCAUUGCUGUUGAUACUUGGAUUUUUGUUGAUUCGGGAAGGGUAUGAACUGUACCUGUACUGGUGUCAUAAGAUCCUGGUUAUGCUAGUGAUUCUGAUAUGCGCUUUUUUCCUGUCAAUUUUAUGCAUUUACUGGGAAGACAGGUGGCUGACGUUUGGACUCUCGCUGAAGGUGUUUGCUCCCCAUGUGCAUCUGACCAUGAUAACUGUGAUGGUUCUCCUUUCCUGGCCUGUGGCCUACUACUUGGUGCAUUUGGAACAAGAAGCUGCACAAGUGGCUAUUGGACUGCCUUUUUUCCUUAUCCUUUUAUUUCUGUUUCUGGUGCCAUGGGGAUUUUAUUCUCCCUGCGUUGAGAAUGAGAAUAAAUUGGGACCCAAGCCGGCCCUCUUUGGACAUAGAGGUGCACCCAUGCUGGCGCCUGAGAACACCAUGAUGUCCUUCGAGAAAGCUGUUGAAAACGACGCCUUUGGACUGGAGACUGAUGUAUUCUUAAGUAUUGAUGAGGUGCCUUUUCUCAUGCAUGACCAUAACCUGAGAAGAACAACCAAUAUCAGGGAGGUCAAGCCAAACGAAUCCUAUACAGCAACAUCCUUCUUCUAUUGGAAAUUCCUGUCAACUCUGAAUGCUGGCGAAUGGUUUGUAGAUUCAUGGAAGAAGCCAUUUUACAAUAUGAAACCCUUAUCAGAGGCUGAUGAAGAAAAAGCAGAAAGUCAGAAGAUUCCAAAACUAAGUGAUUAUUUGGAUAUUGCACGGAAGACAAAUAAAUAUGUGAUAUUUGAUCUUAAUGGCCCUCCACCAAAACAUCCUCUCAGAAGUACAUAUGUACGUCGUGUAGUAGAUGUGAUUCUUAAAUCUAAAAUUGAGCAACAUUUGGUUUAUUGGUUGCCUGGUUUUGAUAGGGACUAUGUGAGGUGGAAAGCUCCUAAUUUUCAGCAUGUGGGCCGGUUAGAUCCCGUUGCUGAACUUAAAAAAGAAAAUAUCAGUAUAAUAAAUGUUGACUACAAGAGGUUGUUCCGCAACGGGUUGAGUGAUUAUAAAGCAGCUAACUUCAUUAUCAACUUAUAUAUCGUCAAUGAGCCUUGGGUCUUCUCACUGGCCUGGUGUUCCAAGAUUAACUCAGUGACCACAGACAACAUUGUGCUCCUGAGGCAGAUAAAUUACCCGCACUACUCCAUGACACCAAAGUCCUAUGUGUUGCUGUGGGUUCUCCUGGAUUGUAUUUCUGCAGUUUUCAUUUUCACCAUAUUUUAUUUUCAUUGGUGGAGAGAGAACCUAAGAGAACAAGUCUUCGAACGCACCAGCAGUUACACAGGUAAAGUUGGGGGCCUACCCCACUGCUGCUACCCAUUACCCCAGGACAUGAGGUCUGCUUUUCAUGUCACUGACAAGUGCUGA